AUCCAGUCAGAUGAAUAUAUUCUUUAUGAUGCUUCUAAUUCAUCCAGGAUAACCAUGCUAUUGACGGCUGCAACCAAAUGUAUUAUACAUACUGAAUCUUCCAUGCCUAGAGUUCGUCCUUAUAGCCCAUGACACCGCGAUACGGCGUCAGACUGGCCAUGUCCCAGAGCUGAAUUGCUCGAUCCUCAGACCAAGAUGCAAGUAUCUUGCCGUUGGGCGAGAAUACAACCCCGUUGAUCGUCUUGCCAUGGUCUCCAUUGUCAGAAACAACCGCGAGUUCCUUGCCGCUGGGCGAGAAGGCAACUUUGAUGGGCCUGUAGCGCUUUCUGUAGGGAGCACGCUGUUCAAUCUUGGUGUCUACCACCGUCCCUGUGGCUACUUCCCACAGUUUCAGACCAUCUAUACAUGCGAUUGCGAGCAGCCUGCCAUCGGGCGAGAAUGCAAUACCGGUGGGAUCAUAUACUCUGAGGAUAUCACGGAGUAUAUGGCCGCGAAGCGUUCCAUUCCAUCCUGUGACGCCCACUAUCUGAGCCUCCUGGCAUUUUCCCCUUCUCUUUCUUUUCUCUGGUGGCCUUGUUCAGGCUACCCAGGCGUCAUGUUUCUCCCCGAAGAGCGCAAGCGCAGACCUGAACUUCCAAGCUGCUCCGAAACCACGCCGGCCAGGGCUCCAUCACCGGCUACACCUUUGAGUAUCUAUGCAAUUAUUUCCCGACACAAAUCGACACGGUGGUGAAAGGUGUCGACAGUGCCCCGGCCUGUGUGGAGACAUGCGCCAAAGAUCCUGCCUGCAAGGCCAGUUGGUAGAAAUAUACCUCCCGGGCGUGCUACACGACAACAAAGGAGAACCUUGGAAAGCUCCCUGGUAAAAAGUGGUUGAUGCUCGUCAAGCGACACAGGAGAGUACUGCAGAAGGGGGUCUGUCCGAUGCAGACCAAU